AUGGCAUCAACGAUGCAAACGAUAGACCCAGGACCGUUUCGUUUUUGGCAUUUUGGAGAGUGGAAGGAGGUAUUGGUGGAUGACCGGUUACCAACCUACAGGGGACGACUAAUUUAUCUUCAUUCGACAAACCCGACAGAAUUCUGGGCAGCACUUUUAGAGAAGGCAUACGCUAAGUUGUAUGGAUGUUACGAGAAUCUAAGUCAUGGUGGUUCAACGACAAGAGCUUUACAAGAUUUAACUGGUGGUAUUGUACAAAGCUUUGGCCUCAGCAACCAGGAUCGCUACCUCACAUUUCAAGUCCUCAACAGUGCAGUGCCCCGUUCCAGUUUAUUGAUAGCUAGCAUUAAUCCAGAGAAGGAGAGCAAGAGACAAUUGAGGUUAAGGAAUGGACUGAUGACCCAGACUGCGUACAGUGUGACCGGCCUGGCCAGGGUACGAGGGCCACUCGGAGAGACUCCACUAGUGCGCCUUCGCAACCCGUGGGGCCGGGGCGAAUGGACAGGCCCGUGGAGCGAGCGUAGCUGGGAAUGGGAUGGACUGAGCGAACGAGAUAAGGAGCUGCUAAGUGUCAGAGUGCGCAACGACGGAGAGUUCUGGAUGUCAUUUGAAGACUUUGCCCGUCACUUCACUCAUCUAGACCUGGUGCACAUUGGUCCUGAUGACUGGAUGACAGAGCCGGCGCUACACUCGAAGCAGCCCUGGCGUGCAGUAUUGGCCCGACGGCGCUGGCGUAGUGGCUACAAUGCUGGUGGUGGACCUAAUUACUCUGACACCACAGCAAUGAACCCACAAUUUCAUAUCCAAAUCCCCCGUACUUCAAGCAACAAGUGCCAUGUUGUAGUCUCUGUUACGCAGUACUACGAGACACAACCAGAGAGUAAGAAGAAGAAGCCACUGUAUGCCAUUGGCUUUGCUGUCUAUGAAAUUCCUUACUCCAUGCCUAGGCUGACACCUCAGUUUGUAGCCGACCAGAAGCCGCUUGAUGUCACCAACCACUCUGUAGCUAGAGAGGUAGUGACUUUCUUUACUCUACCACCUGGAGAUUAUAUUGUUGUUCCUCAAACCAAUGUGCCAAACUGUGAUGGGAAGUUUCUUCUUAGAAUACUUACAGACGAACAAAGUAAUAUUUGGGAAGUCAAUGAAGAUAACAUGGUAUUUAGAAAUAUAUCUGCAGAAUUUUUAGAAGAUGCUGUAGUGUUGCCUGAUGGGAAAAAUCUAGUAGCAAAACUCCUCAUAAAAUAUCCACCCGAAGUUGAUGUUGCUCAGUUACAAAAGAUUCUCAAAGCACACUGGAAAGCUUACCUCCUAGAGAAACCUAGUCUAGAGCUUUGCAAGUCACUGAUCAUGCUGAGAGAUUACAACAUCAGUGGGAGAAUCAACGUGUUGGACAUCCCAGUAUUGAUGCAUAUGCUGCAGUUUUGGAGGAUAGCGUUUGAGAAGUUUGAGCGCAACGGUCACUCCAGCAAAACUUCCAGCUACAAUCUGAGAUCACUAUUAUGGGAGGCUGGCAGCACUGUAAGCAAUAAAGUGCUUGAGUGUCUAGUGUUGAGGUUUGCCAAGAACUGUACAGUCACGGCCGAGUGUUUUGUUAUGGCGAUGGUUCGACUACACCUUGCACAUGAGAGGUACCACAAUCUGGACACGAAAAUGAAAGGAAAUCCACUGUCAUUAGAAGAGAUGAUCCUAAUGACCAUUUACUCGUGACCUUGUCUGUUAAAAGAUUGUUCAGAACCAAAGAAGAAAAUGUUCAUCAUAGUCAAUAAUGUGCAUUAUUAAAAGUUAAAUUAAUUAUAUUUUUAGAAAGUUUGUAAAAAUAGGUUUGUUUGAUGUCUUUUAUUGAGAAAGUUAUUUUCUAGCCAAAUUAUUUAUUAUUUAGGCUAGUAAUUUAUAAGACUGAUAUGUCAUUUACUUAGUUAUAAGCUGUUGUUAAAAUGUACCACUUAUUUAUUUAUGCAACUAAAUAUCGUUAUUACAAGAAUUACCUUAUUACAAGGCAAACUGUUUUCUAGAUUUAAAAAUAUAUUAUAGUCAUCCAUUAAAAGGGAAUAGAGUUUAUAUCUCUUGUUAUUGGUCUAUCUACUGUUAAUUUUAUAAUAAUAUUUGUUUUAAAGAAAUUAAAGCUAUUUAACAUACGGUGUAAUAAUAAUUAGAACAAAAUAAUAUUUACUCUCUUCAAUAAGUGUUAUACCUCAAAUUUGUAUGCAAAGUGUAAAUAAAAUUUUGAUGUAUAGAAACCAUA